AUGAGGGGGAAAGUCGGUGAUUCCAUCGAAAUUGAUGAUAUAGAAGCUGAUGUGUUCAACUCCUUGCUCCAUUUCAUCUACAAGGACUCACUCCCUGAGAGCACUAAUGAAGGUGUAACACAAGAUGAUGUAGUGACAGCUAGCCAUCUACUUGUAGCGGCAGACAGGUACGACAUCGAGAGGCUGAAGUUUAUAUGUGAGGACAAACUGUGCAAUAAUAUUGACUGCAACAUGGUUGCAACUAGUUUGGCUUUGAUCGAGCAUCACAGUUGCGAUGGGCUCAAGGAGGCUUGCUUUGAGUUCCUUGCAUCUCCGUCCAAUCCGGAGAGGGUGAUCGCAACUGAGGGUUACCAACAUCUAAAAAGCAGUUGCCCAUCUAUUCUCAAAGAGUUGAUUGCUAGACUCUUACCUGUUGAGCUGACAGCAGCCAGGGAUAUUAUCAGGUCAAUGUGA